AACUAUAAAUACCACCACAUAUCCUUACUCCAUUCUAUCGAACAUUUCACCACUUCCACUUGAACUACUUAUAUAUCUUCUCUAACGAUGAACUCCACUGCACCAAACCCUCUACUUUUCACAGACUCCUACAAAUCAAUCAGACUGCUCGGAGAAGGCGGAUAUGGAGCUGUGUGGCUUGUCAAGCGGAUAUCUGAUGGAACUCUCCACGCUGCUAAGAUAGUCGAUGAUUCCAAAUGCAAGAGGAAGACCUGGUGUGAUGACAGAUCAGCUCUGAUACCUGACGAGAUCCUUCUCUCGGAGACCCUGGAUCAUCCCAACCUGAUCAACCUUCACGAAAUCUACUUCGAGCAGAACUCCUGGAUCAUCGUGAUGGAGUACAUACCGGACUUUGUUGACCUAUUCGACCAUAUCUCUACGAAAGGAGCCUUGACCGUUGAGGAUGCCCGAGAAGUUCUAACCCAGCUAUUGGACACGUGCAGUUACCUCAUCUCCCUGGGAAUUGACCACAGGGACAUCAAGGACGAGAACAUCCUCUACAAUCCUACAACUCGUCAAAUCAAACUGAUCGACUUCGGUUCUGCGUCCUGGAUACCAGAAAUGAAGCCCCCUACACCUCUUAUCAAGGAACAGAAGUCUAUCUCCCUCCAGAGCACUUCAACUUCGGAUCCUACUCAGCUCUUCCUGCCAUGA